CUCAAUUCUCCGGUCAGCCAUGGCUUCCGACUCUUCUCCCGGCAACACCAACGACGCUCCUUCCUCUCCCGGAGAAAACGCUUCGAGCCCUAUCGGAAACACAUACUCUUCCCCCGCCGCUCUCCGCCGUCUCCACCGAGGAAGAUCUUCUACUCCCACGCAAUUCGCAACUCCUCCACCACCGCCAUCACGUGUCCCGUCAUCCAAUUCCACUCCUCCGACAUCUCGUCCUUCCGCCGCCAGAUCUAAUGGAAAAAGAGCACGCGGGGGCGGUGACCCAGGGACAUCACCGGAUGCUGACGAAGCGAUGCCUUCUUCCGAUGACGGUGAAGACGACGGCGGUGAUGAUGCUACUCCGACUUUUGUUUGGGGCACUAACAUCAGUGUGCAGGAUGUUAAAUCUGCGAUUGAAUUGUUCGUUAAGCAUUUUAGAGAAGCUAGAGAGAAUAGUGAUGAUUUGUUUAGAGAAGGGAAGUAUAUGGCUUCUAUACGCAAAGUGAUUGAGAUUGAAGGAGAAUGGAUUGAUGUUGAUGCGUUUGAUGUGUUUGAUUAUGAUCCUGAUUUGUACAACAAGAUGGUUCGGUAUCCUUUGGAAGUUCUCGCCAUUUUCGAUAUUGUGCUGAUGGAUAUUGUUUCCACGAUUAAUCCUUUGUUUGAGAAGCAUGUUCAAGUGAGGAUUUUUAACCUCAGGACAUCUACUUCCAUGAGAAAUCUCAAUCCAUCUGAUAUCGAGAAGAUGAUCUCUUUGAAAGGUAUGAUUAUUAGGAGUAGCUCUAUCAUUCCUGAAAUCAGGGAAGCUGUGUUUAGAUGCCUUGUUUGUGGAUACUUCUCUGAUCCCAUCAUCGUUGAUAGAGGCAAAAUAAGCGAGCCUCCAACUUGCUUGAAACAAGAGUGCAUGGCCAAGAACUCCAUGACACUAGUGCACAACAGAUGCAGGUUUGCCGAUAAGCAGAUUGUGAGGCUUCAGGAAACUCCUGAUGAAAUUCCAGAAGGAGGAACACCUCACACGGUUAGCUUGUUGCUGCAUGAUAAGCUAGUUGAUAAUGGCAAGCCUGGUGAUAGAAUUGAGGUCACUGGAAUUUACAGGGCAAUGACUGUCCGAGUGGGGCCUGCUCACAGAACUGUGAAAUCUGUGUUUAAGACCUACAUCGAUUGUCUUCACAUAAAGAAAGCAAGUAAGUUAAGAAUGUCUGCUGAAGAUCCUAUGGAUGUUGACAAUAGUCUGCGUAGAGUUGAUGAAGAUGUCGAGUUAGAUGAGGAGAAGCUGAGGAAGUUUCAAGAACUCUCUAAACAGCCAGAUAUAUAUGAGAGACUUAGUAGAUCACUAGCACCAAACAUCUGGGAGUUGGAUGAUGUUAAAAAGGGUCUUCUGUGCCAGCUUUUUGGAGGGAAUGCUUUGAACUUGACAUCUGGAGCUAAUUUCCGUGGUGACAUUAACAUCUUACUUGUUGGUGACCCUGGUACAAGCAAGUCCCAGCUGCUUCAGUACAUACAUAAGCUUUCACCCCGUGGAAUUUAUACAAGUGGGCGAGGUAGCUCAGCUGUUGGUUUGACAGCUUAUGUUGCUAAAGAUCCUGAGACUGGAGAAACUGUUUUGGAGAGUGGAGCUCUUGUUCUUAGUGACCGAGGUAUCUGCUGUAUUGAUGAGUUUGACAAAAUGUCUGACAGUGCGAGGAGCAUGCUGCAUGAGGUGAUGGAGCAGCAGACUGUCUCAAUAGCAAAGGCUGGUAUUAUUGCAUCUUUAAAUGCCAGAACCUCUGUGUUGGCUUGUGCAAAUCCUAGCGGCUCACGCUAUAAUCCCCGGCUUUCUGUUAUUGAGAAUAUUCACCUUCCUCCGACUUUGCUUUCUAGAUUCGAUUUGAUCUACUUAAUUCUUGACAAGCCUGAUGAGCAGACUGACCGAAGGCUUGCAAAGCAUAUUGUAGCCCUACACUUUGAGAAUGCCGAGAGUGCUCAGGAGGAAGCUAUAGAUAUUACUACACUGACAACUUAUGUUAGCUAUGCCCGCAAGAACAUUCAUCCUAAACUAUCAGAUGAAGCUGCAGAGGAGUUGACCAGAGGAUAUGUUGAGCUGAGAAAAGCAGGGAAGUUUGCUGGUAGUAGCAAAAAGGUCAUAACAGCAACACCUAGACAGAUUGAAAGUUUGAUCAGACUCAGUGAGGCCUUGGCUCGGAUGCGCUUCUCUGAAUGGGUUGAAAAACAUGACGUGGACGAGGCAUUUCGACUUCUCAGAGUUGCAAUGCAGCAAUCAGCAACCGAUCAUGCCACAGGGACCAUUGACAUGGACCUGAUAAAUACUGGAGUGUCAGCAAGUGAACGAAUGAGAAGGGACACCUUUGUAUCGUCAAUUCGAGACAUAGCUCUUGAGAAGAUGCAAAUAGGAGGAUCAUCAAUGCGCUUAUCGGAGUUACUGGAAGAACUUAAGAAGCAUGGAGGCAACAUUAACACCGAAAUCCAUCUUCAUGAUGUAAGAAAGGCAGUGGCAACACUAGCCAGUGAAGGGUUUUUGGUAGCUGAAGGUGAUAGAAUCAAGAGAGUAUAAUCAUAGAGAUUCACUAGGAGAGCUUAAUAUUUGCUGUGUGAUUAGAGACCUUUUGAAAAUUUUAGUAGCAUUAUUAAUAGGAUGCCUAUCUAUUAACAAUUUGUGAAUCUGUAAUGAGUUUUUACCUUUUUCUGAUUAUUCCAUCUAAUACAUUUUUAAUGUUUCAAUUAUA